AUGAGUCCACCUCAGAUCGUUUCACUUCCCUCGAAUACCCUCGACCUUGAGGAUGUUCAGCAAAAGGGUCUGCCGGCAGAUCAAGCAUCCAUUGGCAUGGAUGAGAAGAAGCUGGACACGCCUCCCUACAUGCAAGAUGCCUUUGGUGACGAGGAGUUCGCCGAGGUCAAGUACAAGGUUCUGAAGUGGUGGCAAUGUGGUCUGCUCAUGGUAGCUGAAACGGUCUCUCUUGGUGUUCUAUCGUUACCCGCUGCUGUGGCUGGGCUUGGCUUAGUUCCGUACGUACAGCUUCAUGUUGUUGAUGAACCGCGUACCUGUUGGCUAACAUGGAGCAGCGCCAUCAUCGUUCUCAUCGGUCUGGGAUUUCUGGCGACGUAUACGGGAUAUGUGAUCGGGCAGUUCAAAUGGAAAUACCCGCAUAUCUCAAACAUGGCCGACGCCGGCGAGGUGCUUGCCGGCAGCUUUGGUCGAGAGCUGCUAGGAAUUGGCCAAAUGCUAUUCCUGGUUUUUAUCAUGGCCAGUCACUUGCUUACCUUCACCAUUGCCAUGAACACCAUCACAAAUCAUGGGACGUGUUCCAUUGUAUUCGGUGUGGUUGGGAUGAUUGUUUCCUUUAUUCUAUCUUUGCCUCGUACCUUGGCAAAGAUGUCAUGGUUGUCACUAGUUUCUUUCAUCAGCAUUCUGUCAGCCGUGUUCAUUGCCAUGAUUGGAAUAGGCAUCUUACAUCCUGGAGAUCGCGUUGAUGCUAUUGUCAAAACCGAUUUUGUUAACGGGUUUACCGCCGUGACCAACAUCGUCUUUGCUUUCUCCGGCCACGCUGCCUUCUUCGGUCUUGCCGCCGAACUCAAGGAUCCCCGCGACUUCCCCAAAGCUUUGUGUCUACUGCAGGGUGUCGAUAUCUCGCUAUACAUCAUCGCCGCCGUUGUGAUUUACCGCUUCGGCGGUGCCGACGUUGCCUCUCCUGCCCUGGGUUCAGCCAGCCCGGUUGUGUCCAAAGUAGCCUAUGGCAUCGCCUUACCCACUAUCAUCAUCGCCGGCGUCAUCAACGGCCACAUUGCCUUCAAGUACGUCUACAUUCGCAUUUUCCGCGGCACCGACCGCAUGCACAAGCGCGACUGGCUCGCCAUCAGCUCCUGGGUCGCCAUCGGCCUCUUCCUCUGGAUCCUCGCCUGGAUCAUCGCCGAGGCUAUCCCCGUCUUCAGCAACCUGCUCAGUCUCAUCACGGCCCUGUUCGCCUCUUGGUUCACCUUUGGCCUCAGCGGUAUGUUCUGGCUGUAUAUGAACAAGGGGGUGUGGUUUUCUUCGCCGAGGAAAAUCCUCCUAACGGUUGUUAAUAUUGGAAAUAUUGCUGUUGGGGCUUGUUUGUGCGGUCUCGGCCUGUAUGUCUCGGGGAAAGCCAUCCAUGAUAAUCCCAGUAGUGCCAGCUUUUCCUGUGCGGACAACUCCUAA